CAAGACAAUUUAUCCUUGAACACCCUCAGAUCGAGUUCCUGCCGUUUGCUUCCACCUUCCACACUCAGGAGCCAGAAUUGACCCUGAGAUCAACACCGAUCUACGCGAAUCACAACCGGCUUGCGCUGUUGUUUCUGGAUAUUGCUUGAUUUCAAUCAUCCAGAAAGUACUGACCACGCUGUUGAUCGUUGAAAGAAAGUACAAGUCUCCAUCGCAGACCAGACACAACUUUCUUCCCCAUGGCUCCGUCGUCUAAGUCGCCUACCCCUGGCUUUUCCCACGUCAAAGUACGUGCCAACCACCACCAGGAUCAGACUACGAACAUGGUUGGCAUUGACCCCAUCACCCUCAUGAUCAACGAGUGUAUGAUCUUGUCGUCAGCGAUGAGAAAGUCCACCCGGUGGUCCCAAAGUGGAGUGGCUGCCAUUUUGGGUGCAGGGGAUAUUUUUGGCGAGGACGAAUCACUUACCCAUAGUUUGGGAUUAUCAUCCAGUGUAUCAAAUAAUGGGGUAAGACCAACCAGCGACAACCCACUCUUCUCCAGCUUCCUACAACUCAGGGCCAUCUUGACAGAUGCCGUUGAUAUCUACCAAAUUGAUAGCUUGACCUUGUUGCAGCCCUUCUUGCUUGCUGUCAAAUCGUCGUCCACUUCAGGACAUAUUACUUCAUUAGCAUUAAAUUCCAUCUCAAAGUUUUUGAAAUACGAGAUCAUAUCUUACAAGUCGGAAAAUUUGCAAAGCACUUUGGUCCAGAUAAGUUCAUCGCUUACUCAUUGCCGUUUUGAAGCUGCAGAUCAAAACUCAGAUGAUGCGGUUUUGCUAAAGGUUUUGCGUUUGCUCGAGGAGAUUAUUGAGAGCCCAUUGUCAAACUUGUUACCUAAUGAGGUUGUUUCCGAAAUUAUCCAAACGUGUUUAUCAUUAGCGUGCAAUAAAAAGAGAAACGAGGUUUUAAGAAGAGCUGCAGAAAUGGCAAUGAUCUCCAUAACUUUCAGAAUAUUCACUAAGUUGAAGCACAUCAAACCUGAGUCAAAAAAUGAUGACUUGCAAACCAAUUUCAAUGAUACACAAUUACCCGAGGAUAUUAUAGGGGGAACAGAAUAUGCACAAUCGCUUAUGGGAACUCCCGUUCCUGAAAUUCACCCUGUCCAGGAAGAUUCAGAAAACAGGUCUGAGGAGCUGGAUACCACUGAUAAGCAAGGCACCGCUCCAGCGAGCAAGCCCAAAGAGCCAUCGAAGAGUGAACUCGAGGAACCAUAUGACAUCAUUUGUAUUAACGAAUUUUUGGGUAUACUCAUUUCAAUGAUUUCCCCCACAAACCAAUACCAACACAUGGAAAGCACCAGGGUUUUUGCCUUGAAUUUAAUCAACACUGCUAUUGAGGUUUCAGGUAUAGAAAUACCUAAACAUCCAUCUUUACUAAGCUUGGUUUCAGAUCCCAUCUCGAAGCAUAUUGUACAGAUUAUCACUACCACAGACUCCCCUGCAUUAUUGCAAGCAUCAUUGCAAUUGUUUUCGACUUUAGCCAUAAUGUUGGGAACUCAUUUGAAGUCCCAAAUAGAGCUUACUUUGACUUUGAUUUCCCAAUCAAUCUUACCAUCAACAUCUAAGAAUACUAAACAGACCGACAACUUGAAGAAUGCUAAUGUCUCAAGCAGAAAUCCAAUUUCUAAGGAGAUGUUAAUUGAAUCAUUGUCCUUAUUGUGGACAAGAUCCCCUACUUUUUUCACAAAUUUGUUUAUCGAUUACGACUGUGAUUUUGACAAGUCAGACUUAGCGGUAAAAUUAUUGGAGUUCUUGUGUAAGUUAUCAUUGUCAGAGUCUUCCACCAUUACUACUGAAAAUGUCCCACCAAUAUGCUUAGAGAGCAUUUUGCUAUUCAUCAGUGGCGUCAAUGAUAGAAUCAAAGGUUUGAACAAAGAUUUGAGUGACUUACCAAUUCCGCAAUUAAUUGAAAAUAAGAAUCAAAAAACUUCCUUCAUUAAAUGUGCUGAUUUGUUGAAUGAUAAACCAAAGGAAGGAAUUAAAGCAUUGGAAAGUAAUGGGUUCAUUAGCGAUCAAAAGAAUAUUCCAGAGUUGGCAAACUUUUUCUUCACUAAGUCCGGUAGAUUGAACAAGAAAGUUUUGGGUGAAUUCUUGGCCAAACCAUCUAGCAUUGAAAUCUUGAGAAGUUUCAUUAAAUUGUUUGAUUUCGCUGAAAUGAGAGUUGAUGAAGCCUUGAGAAUUUUAUUGAAAACUUUCAGAUUGCCGGGAGAGUCUCAACAAAUUGAGAGAAUCGUUGAGUUGUUUGCCGAGAGAUAUGUUGAGUGUCAAGCAGAAAGUGAUGCCAACGCAGUUAAAUUAAGUGAGGAAGAGAAAGAUGAGAAAAACGAGUCUGCCCAAAAAGCACCUAUACAAGAACCCGUUCGUCCUGAUAGGGAUUCUGUUUUUAUCUUGUCUUACUCCAUCAUCUUGCUUAACACUGAUUUGCACAAUCCUCAAGUCAAGAAGCAAAUGAUGUUAGACGAUUACAAGCGGAAUCUCAGAGGAGUUUAUAACGGCAAAGAUUUUCCUGAAUGGUAUCUUGCCAAAAUUUACCAGACAAUUAAGGAUAAAGAAAUUAUUAUGCCGGAGGAGCAUCAUGGGACUGAUAAAUGGUUCGAUGAUACUUGGAACAAUUUGAUCUCAAUACAGGCAUUGAGCUCACCUAUUGAGACAGAACACUCCUCAGAAGAGGUUUGUCAAUUUGACAAAGUGUUAUUCGAAUCUAUAAUAGAGAUUUUGAUUUCUACUCUCAUAAGUGUCUUCAAAGAGGCUUCUGAUGAUCACAUCAUUACCAGAUUAAUGUCCUCGAUAGACAAAUGUGCAAACAUAUGUUUAUAUUAUAACUUGGGAAGCUCUAUCGACAAAUUGAUUGGAUUUUUGGCUGACUUAACUACUUUAACUUCAACUGGUGUGUCCUCAAGGGCAUCUGCGUCUCCAUCUGCCGAUGACCUUCGUGAUGAAAUUCCUGUCACUCAAAUAAGAUUGGAAGAGAAACAACAAACUAUCACAACCAGUGAGAUGUCAGUUUGGUUCGGUAGAGAUUUCAAGGCUCAAUUGUCUGUUGUUGUGCUUUUCAGAUUGAUCAAGAAGAAUGAUUGUAAGAUAUCUCCAUCAUGGAGCAAAAUUAUUGAGAUUAUUUUCAAAUUGUUCGAGAAUUGCCUUUUAGAGCCUAAUUUGUUCUCAGAUUUCCAGAAGAAGUUGAAAAUUCCUUCUUUGUCAAAGGUCAGACCAAGAUUUACCAUCAACAAGACCAAGCCAGUUAAUUCGUCUGGUCUUUUAUCAACAUUUUCUUCAUUCUUGAAAGGGUACUCCGAUCAACCACCUGAACCCACCGACCAAGAGAUAGAAUCCACGUUGUCUACCAUUGAUUGUGUUAAAUCUAUCAAUAUUCCAAGUAUUUUCGAAAUGAUUUCGCGUGGUCCACCAGGUGACUUGGCUCUUUUCGUUGAACUUUUAUUAGAAUCAUUCCCCAAGUACAAUGAUGAAUCUAAGAGAUAUUACGAAACAGAGACCUUGUUUCUUUUAGAAAUCUGUGUGUGCUUCGCCUUAUUGGCUGAAGAUGACACAUUAUUCAGAAAGGUCUUGAGCAAGUCCGAUCCAGAACAAAUUUCACCAAAGAAUAAAUUAAGAUUGCUGUGUUACAAACUAUUAUUAUUUAGGAAGGUAACUGAUGGAAAAAUUGAAAAUAAGGAGACUGAAACACCCUCUGAUAUUUCAACCAUUAAAUCUCUCAUUGUUGACCUUCACACGUUCGACAAGGAAAUAUUGAGCAAACAGGGUGCACAGUUAGUCCAGCCAAUAUUGUCUUUGAUCGAUCAUGAAAGUUGGUGCUUCAGUCAACUCAUAAACGACGAAGAUUACUGGAAAGUUUUGAGAUUGCUUGGGUCUAUUCAGAUUUUAGCCCCAGAGCUCCUAGAUUUCGUGGAAGGACUUCUUAAGAACUCUCCGAAAGAUAUUAGCCCUGAUAAUUAUAUGUUUGUGUUAGGAUUGUUGGAUGAGAUCUCAUCCUCAGGGGCAAUCGGCUCUCAAUUUGAGCAGGAGAGUGAUGCUAAACAAAUCAAGAUAGACGAUCCAUUUUAUGAAGAUUUAGUGGUUGUUUCCAAAAGAUCUAUCACAUUGACCCAUGAUUUGCAAGCUAUAGUGCAGAGAGAGGAUUUCAAUAGCAAUGAUCUUUCAUUCUCCUUGAUACAGGCGUUAGCACACCAAUGUUUCAAUCCAUGCCGUGAGGUCAGAGGUUUCGCAUUGAGCAACUUGCAGCUCCUUGUCCUCUCAGUCGAGACUACAGAUCAUCUUACCCCACAUGGUAUUUUUGAGUAUGGAUUGUUCCCAUUAUUGUCGGAACUUUCAAAGAUUGAGGUACUUCAAACAGACCCCAAGGGAUUUGUAAAGACACAAUCGGAAACUCUUUCACUUACCAGCAAAGUGUUUUUGAAGUAUUCUAAUGACUUCAAGGGUGAAGAAAUCAACCAAGUAUGGCUAGGAAUUUUGGACCAUAUCAACACUUUGAACGAGAAAGGGGCUAAGGUAUCUAACCAGGAGGUGGCCUUCAAAGAAUCAGUUUCCGAACUUAUUAAGAAUAUGGUGUUGGUUUUGCAAUCGAACGGAAUUCUCACACCAGAGAAAGAGGAGAUUUGGAGCGCAACGUGGCAAAAGAUUGAAGGUGUUAAUCCUGAGUUACAAGCAUCCUUAAUGCCACAAGAAACCAAGGUUGAACAAGUUGAACAAGUUGAAGAAAAAGAACAACUGGAAAAGCAAGAUGAGGAAAAGGAAAAGGCUUGAAUAUAUAGCGGAGGUACAGAACUAGAGUUGUGAGUUUAACUUCGUGUCCGGCAGGGGACACUGUCCAUUUAUAGACCUUCUAGAGGAAGUUAUUAUCAAUAUAUACUAAGAGAGGAACUA